AUGUAUGCAUAUAAUAUAAUCGCAGAUCCCACUAUCGCAGUAGAUAGUAUUGUCACACGAAUUUUGCCAUGUAUAAAGGAGCCAUUCCCGCGGGUCCAGUGUAUUAACCAUGUAAAAGAGAAGGCAAGUGUUGCUGUGGCUGCCGCGCCCGAAAGAGUAAAAGGACCAAGUUGUGGGGCAUCGAGUGUAUCAUGUAUUGCAGCGACGGUAGGAUUGCGUGAGCGAGUGAGCUGCAAAGGUGGAGGAAGCUUAUGUCGAAAUUUAAGAGGUACGGUUGGUUUGCCCCGUGGAGCAAAUGAUGGACUCGACAAAUCAGAAUCCGCAUCCCCCUCGUGGCUUGAUGUCCAUCGUGUAUCCUCUCCACCUUCUCCUAUGGUAACAUGUCAGAUAGAUAUGAAGAAGCGAAACCGUUACAACUCCAUUGCCCAGCUAUAUUUAAUAUUAAUUAUUAUUAUCACCUCCCUUGUUCACACUUUCAAGACUACGACUGCACACCCAUACUCCGUGGAUGGAGAGGGCAGAGUUCCUUGUAAUUGGGAAAUCUUAUUAAUAGUAGCGAUGAUUGGUGAGAUCAUUGUGGCUGUGAGAACCUCAUUUCCAGUUCGAAAGUCGAGAUUGCUCUGCUCAGCUCAGCUUGUUGCAUCUUAUUUCUGCUGUGGUUUUACAGCUAGUUUUUUUUUAUACAAAUCCUUGAUGGACAUAAAAUCCCAGUUUCAGGCGCUUGAGAAUCUCGGAAAUGGUGAAAUUGCCGGUGCCGUGCUUUUUGCUCUUCAGCUAUAUUGA